UUUGAAGUUUUGAAUAUUCAACAUUUUUUUUGCGGGUUAAUUUUUCUUUUUUAUUUGUUUAUUUUUCCUUUUUUUAAGUUAAAAAAAAAAUAAUUGUUUAUAGUUAAUAAAAUCUGUUGUUACACUACAUUAGUAUGUAUAAUAAUUUAUUUAAGUUUAAUUUUUAAAAUUUCGAGUGACGGUGCUGUAACUAGUCGAUUUGAAAUUAAUAUAAAAUAAAUUAAUUUAUAAAAUACUAAAAAUUAAAAGAAAUGAAAUAUAUGAAUUAUUUAUUAAACGAUUAUCUAUCAAUGAAAUAUUAUGAUGUAGUGUAUCAAUGGGACAAUUUAUUGUUAUUUCAUUUGUCAUUUUUAUGUCACGUUGUUUAAUUUUAUUUAAGAGAGCCAUAAGUCAUAUCUUCAUAACCAUAACAUAAAACAAAUAUUAUUGCAUUAAUAAUUAAUCAUGUGUCUAUCAUUCAUUUUAUUGCCUUUAAUUCAAUUUAUAUUAUAAAUUAAUAAUAAAUAGAUGAUUGUUUGUAUAAAUAUAUUUAAUCAAUUUUAAUAUAUAAUUUAUAAAUAUUGUAAAAUUUACCUUGAGACAUUUUAGAAGAAUUUAAUACUAUUAAUUUAUUAUUAGUAAAAAAAUGUCACAAUCUCAAGAUAAAAAAAAUUUUCGUUGGAGUGAGCCAGUAUUGCAACGUCACUUACCUUUAUCAUUGACAUCUGAAGACGAAUCCUCAUCAGUCCAACAAUCGCUGUCAACUUCACCUUUUGUGACAAAACACUCAGAGCAACAAUUGACAGCUGGCUGCUGCAUUUGUUGCAACGAUAAAAAUAUAAAAAAAAAUAAAUUUAAAUCACGAAUGGACAAUAACAGAAGUUGUAAUAAUCGUGGUGAUGAAACUAAAAGACUUAAGGAGUCCUUAGAAUUGCAGCUUAUUGCUAGUCAAGUUGAUGAGUCACUAUCAAAUGACAGGCAAAUGGCAUUGGUUAAACAUUUGGAUUUAGCAAUAAGCACUCUUGAAGCUUUACUACAUCAUGUACAGUCACUUCAAAUGUUAUAUUUAUCUGCUAGUAGAAUUUAUAAUUUAGGUCAUCAAUUAAUCCUCCCUUAUCCAUCCAACAAAAUAUCUUGUACUCAACUAACAGAUUUAACUUUUCAUCUUAAUCAAGCAGAGACUCAAAAAGAAAAACAACUGCGACAGUUGAAAGAAAUAAUCGAAAUUUGUUCAAUAGAUAUCACAAUGACGGAACAAUUCCAACUAAUAAUGAAAGAUCAUUUACUGCGCAGAGAAGAUUUAAUAAUUGCGGGGAAAAACUUCAAAAAUUUACUUGCUAAUUCAAAAUUAAAGACAUCGCAAAUUAAAAAAUUACUCUGGCAAUAUGAGUCUAUUUUGAAUAAAUAUCGGAACAGUUGUCAGAAUUUAGAUGUCGAGUUACCAAAAAUGAUUCGGAUACAAAUAGUCGCGCUGUCGCAAGGAUUGCAAAUGAUAAAUCAAUUUUACAAUGAUCAUGAUAAAAAUCUUACGAUAACAAUAUUUAAAUUUAUCGGGGAUCGUUUAAUGGAUAAUCCAAGUAAAGAAAUUUUGUCAUUAGUUACAGGGCACAAAAUCGAGCAGGAUAUUUGUCCAAAAUGUAAAGUAAACCGGGUGGAAAAAAAAUAAAUAUGUGUAUUCGGAUUCUAUUUGUAUUUUAAAAAAAAGUAUGAAGCCGUAGUUAUUGACUAUUGGAAUAACAAUCCAGUUAUAUAAAAAAUGCUCGUUCACGGUCUUUACGAGGACGGCUGUAUCUAUUUGAUUUAUCCAGAUUAAAAUAAAAUAAAAUUAUCGGUAAAAAUUUUUUUAUUUUAAUUAAUAAAUCAAUACAUCGGUCAUUACUAUAAAAUAUUUGCGGAGUGAACGCAGAGUGAAAUAAAAUCCGUAAUUAGUCUAAAUUUACUCCCAAUAUUUUAGUGUAACUGGGCUAUGCCCAGUAAUUCAAUGGACGAAAGCGGUUAUUUACUGGGUCGGAAUUUUACUCUGUUUAUAAUUAAUUUAUCAAGAACUGUUAUAAAACCUCGGAAAUUUUACGAUAAAUUAUUUAUUAACUCAACUAUAAAAGUUCGACAUGUUGUUGAAAGUAGCAGACAUUAAAAAUUUUAUUUAUUUUCAAUAAACAAAAUAAAUAUUGACAGGCAAAAAUUUCAAAAAAUCCAUCUGUAGAAUUUAAAAAAUUCUAUGACGACAGUUAACUUUGUAAUUAAAAACAGUAAAAUUUUAAUGAGUGUAAAUGUAACUGACAAUUGUAAAUUUUUU